AUGAGUGCAUCGAAAAAGUCACCUGAAGAACUCAAAAAAAUUUUUGAAAAAUAUGCAGCUAAGGAGGGUGACCCUGAUCAGCUGUGUAAGGAUGAACUGAAACUGCUAAUUGAGGCAGAAUUCCCACAUUUAUUGAAGGGGCCAACCAGUCUGGAUGACCUCUUUAAAGAACUGGACAAGAAUGGUGAUGGAGAAGUCAGUUUUGAGGAAUUCCAGAUCCUGAUAAAAAAGAUAUCCCUGUGA